AAAAUAAAAGACCGGUGAAAACCUACAAUCCCCCAUCUCCAUGUGUCCAGCUCUUCUGUCCAUCCCAGGGGUGUGUCACAGCAUGUAACAGUUUGUUUGACUGAAACAUGGCAACAACCUUAUUUCAUCUGAAUUUUUUUUUAUUUGAAUCAGGCGACUCCCCUGGUUUAAUGAUAAACCCUGCAUUAAUGGCGGCGGUGUUGUUACUAUCAAUUGCUCUGAUGUCAAACCAAAUGCUGCAACAGUACUAACUGUCUCGUCAUUUGAAUGUCUUGCUUGCAAUUGUCUGGUGCUAAACCACAACUGUCGUAAUAAUAUAUCACCCUCCAACUGCAUUCUUCUCUGAGCUCUCUUCCCUAAUGACCUGCGCCUAUGCUAUAAUCUCCCUAACGUUCUAGUGUUGGGUGAUUUAAAUAUGCACUUCAACUCAUCUGACAACUCAUGUUACUGCUGAUUUUAUGUCUCUGCUCGACUGUCUUGAUAUCAAAAAAUCAAUGUUAACUUGCCCACUCACAACAAAGGUCACAUACUUGACGUGGUCUGCUCCUCUAGUUUAACUCCAUUCCACUCUUUACAGAUAACAAUUGGUCCCACUCUGGAAUGUGGGAUCAAAGAUUAUUUGUUAAGAUUUGAAUUAACACUGGACAUUUUUGUCAGGCCGGGGCGCAGGAAGGGACCCAAGCGCAGAGUGCAAAAAUACAAACUCCAAAAUGGGGAAAACAAAAGACUUUAAUAAACUCAACGGGGAACAAAGGGAACCAAAAGCCUCGCAGGGCGGUUUAACAAACACAACGAGAAUCCAAAAAGACGGGAAAAACAAAAAUACAAAAACUCCAAAAAACAGAGAACCAGGCUGGCAAGGAACAGGGGACAGGCAACAGGCAGGCGUAAGGCAAGGGAACAGGCAGGCUACAAACAAGCACGCAACAGGUAGGCAAAAACCACAAACAGGUACAAAGCCACAAACAGGCAUACAGGCAGGAACAGAACCGCAAGAAUCCAGCGCCUGAGUGAGGGAAGAGGGAGACUUAAGUAGAAGAACGCAGACGAGACACAGAGGGGCACGAUGAACAAUCAAGCCACAGAGAGGGAAGGGAACACGAGACAAAACGCAACUAAUAAUGAGAUGAUUGGAAACAAUAAAACAAUUAACUGAACACAAAGCAGAGGUGCCGCCAUCUGGCGGCCCAACAGAGAACAACAAGGGGGGAGGACACAGAACCCUGACAAUUUUACUGUGUAGGGCUUCUACAAGUCAGCUUGCAUCUAAAACUCACUGGCUCCAUUCAUAAAACAGCUCAAAACUCAGACAAACAUGCAUGUAAGACAUUUAAACGCAUAAGCACACAUGCAUACAUUUACUCUCCUCUCUUUUAAACAAAAAUCAUUUUUAUUCUUUUUUUGUGUUUUCCUUUAAUGAUUUUCUGUAUAACCUAACAUCUUUGUUCUUUUCUUUAUCCUCUAUACUGUGUUUUAUUUCGACUUCCCUGUAAAGUAACCUUGGGAGUCUGAACAUGUGCUUUUUAAAUAAAAUGUAUUAUUAUUAUUAUUAUUAUUAUUAUUAUUAUUAUUGUUGUUGUUGUUGUUGUUAUUAUUAUCACCAAGCAAAGAUAAUUCAAACAUAUGCUAUGCUCGGCUACAAUUAAUCUUGAGGAAAUGUCAGUAAGGGCCUCCUCUCAGCCACACGUGGGUACAAAAUGCCAUCCACAUCUUUCCAUGGAAUAGUACGUCCUUGUGUAACUGCAAUCCUUAUACUGGGUUGUUUUGGGAUUUUAUGUUUUGCUUAUUUCAAGAUGCCCACUACCUGGCUGUCAAGUCAAGUGAAAUUAAAAGCACCUGCACCAAUGGUGAAAAACUUUGGUUCAAAAAAAGAGCAAAACCAGACUGUUAUACUAAUCUGGAUGUGGCCAUUUGGCAGUGCCUUUGCCCUGACCUCCUGUAGUGCCCUGCUUAACAUUGAUGGCUGUCACCUAACAUCAGACAGAAAUAUGCUAAGCAAGUCGCAUGGGGUUAUUUUCCAUCACAGAGACAUUCGCUCAGAUUUAUCAAACCUGCCACCACCACAGCGCCCAAUAUUCCAAAAAUGGGUGUGGAUGAAUAUUGAAUCACCCACAAAUUCGGGAAAGAUUCCCGGUCUUAAUAGCCUGUUCAAUUUGACUUUGAAUUACAGGCAGGAUGCUGAUAUUCCAGUGCGUUAUGCGACCAUUGUUCAAACUCAGGAGAAUAAUUUUAAAAUACCAAGCAAAGACAAGUUAGUGUGCUGGAUUGUGAGCAAUUGGAACCCAAGUUACAAAAGAGUGGCGUACUAUAAUGCGUUGAAGCAACUCAUUGAUAUACAUGUCUAUGGACGGGCCUUUGGGAAACCAGUCAGCAACCAAGACUUUGAUCCCACAAUUGCCAGCUGUAAAUUCUAUCUGUCAUUUGAGAACUCAAUCCAUAAAGACUACAUCACUGAAAAACUGUACAACCCACUUUCUGUGGGCACUGUGCCAAUUGUCCUUGGGCCAUCAAGACAGAACUAUGAGAACUUUGUCCCAGGUGAUGCCUUUAUACAUGUAGAUGAUUUUCCCUCCCCCAAAGAGCUGGCUGAGCACAUACUGUUCCUAGACAAGAACGAUGACAUGUACCAUCGAUACUUUGAAUGGCGUAGACACUUCAAAGUAGACAAGACAGGAGCAUUUAUCAUAGGCACAUGUCUUGCCUGUAAUUAUAUUAGGACACACCGCAACGAAUACAAGGUUAUCAAUAACCUUAACACAUGGUACUGGGGAUGAUUUUAAAAAAGCGUAGUGAAGGACUUGUUUUGUUUUUUUUCUUCAUAAUUUCAGAUUGCAAAAUAUAUUUUCUUUCUCCUGUGAAAUGCUAAACAAAGAUUAACUGCCAGACUCCCCCCUUGUUGAUUAAUUAGAAAACUCCUGGAGGUGAUUAUGGAUAUAAUUGAUGGCUCUUACCUUGACAGUUUUAAACAGAAAUUAAUUAAAGUGAACAGGAUAAAUGCAGUGAAAUUACAAUCAUAUUUAUACAGUUUGGAACAUUUGUAUAGGGUGUACUGCAUGAUUCAUGUAGUAAUGGAAAGUAAAGAUAAAAAGAAAAUAAGUGGUUCACCCUAGUUGUGCAACUUGAAUGUGUUUAUGCAGGGGAUGAGGAAGUUGCAAAUCUUGUUUUUGUCAACGCAGUAACCAAAUCUACAGCAGAUCAUUAUCAUUGUUGUUCAUCCCUUGCAUACGGAUGCCGCUCUUUAUAGAAACAUAGCCUCUAGUUUGAAUUCACAAAAUUAUUGACUGUUCAGAGCCAAAGCCAAGUCACAGACAUUUUGCCCUAGAGCAUAACUUCAGAACUGGUUGGGGCUCCAGUAAAUUUACUCUGUGUGUUGACAAUCUUUGUAGUGUCUAACCUUCUUCUCAUCUUCUCAAAGACAAAAACAAUAUGUGUAGGUCAGAACCAUUACUAUGUUGCCCCCCUAGUGGCUGGCCAGCAACAUAAACAAACAGGGCCAACCAUGGGAAGACUUCCAGUUUUGUAUCAGGAGAGUUGCAAAGAAUCUCCAAAAAAAAUUACGGAACCGUGACUACGCAACCCAAAAGUAACACGACAGUCUAUAAAAAGCAUGAAACCCACUAUAAAAUUUGUGCACAUAUCAUAUAGGAGGUGUCAUGUCUGGCAGUGGCAGCACUUGGUUGAAGAAAGGCAAAGCUGGAAGAAAACUGAUGACCCUACUGCCUCCCCAGGUCUGCCAUGGUGCUCAUGUUUUUGCAGGUUUUCCCCAUGGAGGGACCUAAACCUUGCCUACCCUAUAGGCAGCUCUACGCACAAUGCCCUGGACUCUGCUCUUUCUGUUUUUCACGUUUGUUGUACUUUUUCCAUUUCUUUAAGAAAUUAUUUUAUGGUUUACAGAAAAACACCUUUAUAAAAGUUUAAAAAUGUGAGGACAAUAUAAAAAAGGCACAGUAAUUUAUAACAUGAAGAAUGUAGUCAUUACUUUAAAUGUUUGAA